ACUAUAGGUUGGGAAAAGCUAACAAUAACUAGAAUGCAUGAGCUUGAAGGCUGCUGGUGAACAGCCAAAGAUUUGUUCUCAUCAUUGAACACAAAAGUUCCUUAACUUCCAAGGCUGCUGCCUUUUGUCUUCACCAUAAGACUCCUUCCUUUUGCUUCAAAGUUUCCGAAGGAUUUUGCCUUCUUUUGUAUUCUUCUCUAAUCCUUAGUCAAAUUCCAUUAUUGUUUAACCACUACCCUCCAUAUAUACCAGUUAUUAAGGCUUGUUCUUUCUUUCCAAGAACCAAAAUGCCCUGGAACUGCUUUUGUUGCGUCGCCGAAGAAGAUCAAGAACCAGCUCAGACCAGUAUGGUUCACAAGAAUAGGGAUUAUCCGUGGGAAAUAUAUUCUCUCAAGGAGCUUCUUCAUGCAACAAACAGCUUCCACGAUGAUAACAAAAUUGGAGAAGGAGGGUUUGGAAGUGUUUAUUGGGGUCGAACAAGUAAAGGUGUUGAGAUCGCGGUAAAACGAUUAAAGACGAUGAGUCCAAAAGCAGAGAUGGAGUUUGCAGUGGAAGUUGAAAUACUUGGAAGGGUGAGACACAGAAAUUUGUUAGGCCUGCGGGGAUUUUAUGCCGGAGGUGAUGAAAGGCUCAUAGUGUACGAUUUUAUGCCUAAUCAUAGCUUGAUCACCCAUUUACAUGGCAAACUUGCAGCAGAUUGUCUUCUUGAUUGGCCAAGAAGACUGAGCAUUGCCAUUGGAUCAGCUGAAGGUUUAUCGUACCUGCACCAUGAGGCCAGUCCUCAUAUAAUCCACAGAGACAUAAAGGCCAGUAAUGUGCUUCUAGAUACUGAAUUCGAAGCCAAAGUUGCUGAUUUCGGAUUUGCAAAGCUGAUUCCGGACGGUGUAACUCAUCUGACCACUAGGGUAAAGGGAACUCUUGGAUACCUAGCUCCUGAAUAUGCCAUGUGGGGGAAGGUUUCUGAGAGUUGUGAUGUUUAUAGCUUUGGGAUUUUGCUCUUAGAAAUAAUUAGCGGAAAAAAGCCGAUAGAAAAACUACCGGGCGGAGUGAAACGUGACAUUGUUCAAUGGGUCACCCCCUAUGUCGAAAAGGGUGCAUUUAAUCAAAUUGUUGAUCCAAGGUUGAAGGGCAAGUUUGAUAAAGAACAAGUGAAAUCGACAGUCAUAGUUGCCAUGAAAUGCACCGACAAUAGCCCCGAUAAUCGUCCCACCAUGAUAGAAGUGGUGGAUUGGCUUAAGGGAGGUCUAGGAAGAAGGAAAAAAGAGAUCAGAAAAGUGGAGGACACUGAGGAUGAUCAAGACGAAGGUUAGGACGGAAUUGAUACCCAGCAUGAAGUUCAUGGCGUGGAGUUAUCUGAUGCUAGAGAGAAUAUUAUAAGGGCAAGAUCACAAAGAAAACUUCAAAAUCUCGAUCCUUUUAUUUUGUGAGACUGAAAUGUAUAUGUUUGGCCUUUGCUUUUUGCUUGCGAAUUUGAAAUAUUGUAUUUUCCGUGAGUUUAAUUAGGUUAGGGUAGUUUUAUUCACGUAUCUUUUUUUAUCUCUUACAUAUCCUUAGCAA